AUGACGCUACCUAAUCAAGUCAUUGACAGCCUGAAGAAGGCAGUAGACGGAGCGUGUGCAGACAUCCGAUCCGACAUCCCGGGGACCAGUGUCGUCGUGGUUGGUAAAGACGGUAAAGAGCUAUUCGCACAUGCCGCAGGGAAGCGAGGCGUGAACUCCAAAGAAGACAUGACACUAUCGAACCUCUACUGGAUUGCAAGCUGCACCAAAAUGAUAGCGGGAGUUGCUUGUAUGCAAUUAGUCGAGCAAGGAAAGCUCCAUUUGGACGAUGGAGACGAGAUCGAAAAGCUCAUUCCAGAGUUGAAAGAUGUUAAGGUGUUACAGAAGGAUGGGAAACUCGUGGAGAAAAACAAGAAAAUCACCCUGAGAAUGUUGCUCACUCAUACUGCUGGCUUCGGCUACUCGUUCUUCAACAAUGAGCUUCGCGACUUCGCUCAUCCUGCUGGCUUCGACGAGUUCUCCGGUGACAUCAAGGACAUCCUCCAGCCCCUGGUCUUCCAGCCUGGCGAAGGUUGGCAGUACGGCGUCAACAUCGAUUACGCAGGCUUGGCACUCGAGCGUCUUACGGGCUUGUCUCUCAACGAUUACUGCCACAAGAAUAUUUUCGGGCCGUUAGGAUUGAAGAACAUCUCGUUCUUCCCGACUGCAGACAUGAAGAAGAAGUUGGUAUUCAUGCAUCAAAGAAAGCCCGAUGGGACAUUAAUCGCGCGCGAUCAUCUGCUGCGUAAGCCACUCGUGGUUGAAAGCGACAGCGUGAAAGAAGUAUUCAACAGUGCAGGUGCUGGUGCAUUCUCAACACCUGGAGACUACGCCCAGAUAAUUGCAACGCUGCUGAACGAUGGCACUUCGCCGACAACAGGCGCACAGAUCCUCAAGAAGGAGACUGUAGAUCUUAUGUUCUCGAAUCAGAUUGAGAAAUUUCCAGACUUUGGUCGACAAGGUAUACCAGAUGCAAAGCCUGAUCUGACCAAUCCUCUGGCGGAAAUCUAUCCCAACGGGGGCGCUCCUCAAGGAUGGGGUCUAACUUUCAUGUUGUCCAACGGAGGGCCGACUGGCAGGUCAAAGACGACCGGAUUCUGGGCUGGGUUACCAAACUGUUGGUGGUGGGCGGACCGGGAGAAAGGAGUCGGUGGCAUCGUUUGCAGUCAAAUCUUGCCCUUUGGUGACCCAAAGGUGCUUGGGCUUUGGUUCGACAUUGAAACGCAGAUCUACCAGGCUCUCAAUGCCUGAGCCGGGCCGUUGUCAUCGCACAUUCUACAUGUGAAGCUUUUGUAGAUACAGUGUCCUCUUCGGGUCAAUUGACGGUACCAGAGGAUAUGAUAUUGUAGUCUUUUCUUG